AUCGGACGCCGGUCGGUGUGACGCACAACGGAGGCGACAAGCAGCAGGGCCGGCCGGAUAGCGCAGCAGGCUGACGGGCGCUAUGGGGAAGUCGAGGCGGAGUAGCGAAGCGAGGACAGGAGAAACAGGGGAUGAACCGGGACGGGAUGGCGCGACGGGUGCAUGCGGGUAUGAUGGUCAGUAUUAUGGUAAGUAUGAUGGUCAGUUUGAUGGUAAGUAUGAUGGAAAGUAUGAUGGGAAGUAUGAUGGUAAAUAUUAUGGUACAUAUGAUGGUAAGUAUGGUAAGUCUGAUGGCCAGUAUUAUGGCAAGUAUGAUGGCAAGUAUGACGGCAAGUACGAUGGAAAGUAUGAUGGCAAGUAUGAUGGCAAGUAUGAUGGCAAGUAUGAUGGAAAGUAUGAUGGUAAGUAUGAUGGAAAGUACGAUGGCAAGUACGAUGCCAAGUAUGAUGGAAAGUAUGAUGGCAAGCAUGAUGGCAAGUAUUAGAUUAACGACUAUGACAAGUAUGGCGAGAAGGAUGAGAGGAAGGGUUAUUACUACACGCACUAUGGCGACAAGCAGGAUUGAAGGGGAUAUGGCAAGAAGUGGGCUGAGAAGGGGAAUGCUGAUCAGCAGCACAACAGCCAGCAGGACGAUCAAAAGAAGUAUGGUGACAAGAGCUAUGACGAGAAGUACAAGCAUGAAAUUGCGGUGAUUAAGGGUAUGAGGGUAAGAAAUUUGAAGUGUGACAAGAGGACGCAGAAGAGCAACAAUAUUUAGAGUGAAAAGUCUGAUUGCAUUAACGCAUUAAGCGAGGCUUUAUUUUCACGGAGGAUGCAAAGUGUACGAGAGACGGCACGGCAAUGACAUCAGGAUGAUGGCCAAGCUUUUUUCUUGCAGCUUUUACAUGGUAGUGGAGCAGGGAUCAUUGGUAAAGUCACCAGAUGGAAACUGGUCUAAACAGACGAAUAAGAGUUUGAUUUGCUCAUUCCUUUUGGUGCAGGGACAGCAGGAAAGGGUAAUUUUGAAUAACUGUCCAAAGUAAGCAUUUCAAAAAUAUGGAUUCUGUUUCGCUUCAUCUAUUCUGGCAACUACCAGUGAGUGUGGGUGGUUUCUACCUUCUCAUGAAACAGAUUCAUUGCAGUCAAACUUAUGGCUUUAGCUGUGCUUCGUGAUGUAACUGAUGUUGUUCUUCUUGGCGGCAAGUUGACUAGAAAACCUUAUGACAGGGUUUAUCUGAGUACAGUUCACAAGGAGACCAGUCAAAUUAUGUCACGGACCAGAUUUUGAAUUGUGCUUUUCGUUUUGAAACCAGCACGACCCCACCAAGCUGGCUGCAGGGGCCAGGGGCCUGUGUUCAUGCCCCAUUCGGGGACUGACUCUGGGAGAGGCUCGUUAAUGUGCUUCAAUUCUUCUUGAUAAUUUAUAACUGGGCACUGUUGAAAGCCUAGCACUCGCUCGUAAACAACCUUGUGAUGAUGUAUGCUUCGACUCCUGAGUUAUCGUCCUUUUUGUUUUGUUGCCGAACUUGCUGCCAUAAAUAAAACAAAUGACCUUCCGUAAAGGAAGUAAUCAAGGUGCCCACCAAGG